CUGCUUAUCUGACUGUGUGUGUGUGUGUGUCUAUUUCUGACUGAUUGCUCCAUUCCCCCUCCGUCAGUUGUACCCAGGGGGAGUGUGUGGUGUAGUUGUGUGACGGUGGGACCCUUUCUAGGCCCUAGCAGGAUUUGCCACCAGGCUUCUGGAUCUCCGAGGCGAUUCUUCAGGAAGGUUUUCCGUGUUUGUGUUCUGUCUCGUCUACACACACGUUUAAAGGUUGUGUCCCACUGCACACACACACCCCCGUCCACCACUGGCUGACAUCGCUGUGACAACCUCCACGCCUCCCUCCUCACAGAGCACCACUGAGCCCUUUCCUCACCCACUAUGGCCCUGUCCUCACGCUUAAAACUGUGGGAGCAGAAGAUAAAGGAGGAGAACAAGCCCGUGGCUGCCGUUGCCUCCCCACCUCCUCUGUCAGCUCUACCAGGAGGUCUCCUCAAGCAGCUCGUCAGAAGCUCGGAGAAAGAGACCAAACACAAAGAGCCGGAGAUCAAAGAGGAGAGAGCGCCUCACAGACUGAGUGACAACCUGGUGCAGCAGUUUCUGAUCCCGGAUCAAACUCCUCCAAUCCUUGAGGCGGAGAUGGCUCUGAGGGCUGAACAACCCAACAACAGUAAACAGAAAAGGUGCCGCUCGGCCCAGUCGGAUGACAGGUCCUCGUCUCAGCACCAAAGACUGACUCCAGAACCUGACAGCAAACCGAAAACCAAACAAGACUCGGAGAAGCCAAAACCAAAGCAGCUGCUGCAGCAAAAGGAGAAGACAGCUGAGCCACAGAAGGAGGAAGAGAAGAAGAAGAACGGGAUGGAGGAAAGGCAGGAGCCAGAGGGGAGACAAGCAGAUACGACCAUAACUGAACGGGACAGGAAGGAGGUGAAGGAUGUUUGGUAUGAAGCUGGGACUGUGUGGUAUGUCCACAAGGAUGGAUUCACUCGUGCUACCCACAUGAAGCCUGAUGAAGGAACACCUGAACUCCCAGAAGGCCGAGCGAGGAUCCGCCUGGAGACGGACGGAUCUCUGCUUGACGUCUCAGAGUACGAGGUGGAGAAGUGUAACCCACCAGAGCUGGACCUGUGUGAGGACCUGAGCGACCUUCAGAGAGUCAACGAAUGUGGAGUCCUGCAUACGCUGACCAGUCGCGCUAAAGCCAACAUGAUGCUGACCCACGCCGGACCCAACCUGGUUAGCUUGUGGCCCCCCCUGCAGACCCACAGCAAGACCCCAAAGUCACGGCGAGGCGAAUCAGUGUGGGACGCCCCCCCGGCACUGGCUGCUCUGGUCAAAAGAGUGUAUUUGUCCAUGGUUGGUUCCAGGAGGGACCACAGUGUGUGUGUGCUGGGGCGCAGUGGGACUGGAAAGACCAUGGCGUGCCAGGCCUUCACCCACGCCCUCCUGAGACAGGCUGGAACAGCAGGGAAGAGCGUCAGCGUGGAGCGUGUGCAGGCCAUGUUCACCAUCCUCAGGUCUUUUGGUUGUGUGAGCUCACCGCACAGCGACGCCUCAUCUCGGUUCGCCAUGGUUUUCUCUCUGGACUUUAACCACGCUGGACAGGCUGCUGCUGGACAUCUGCAGACCAUGAGCUUGGAUAAAUGGAAGGUGUGUCAGAAAACUAAUGGAGAAAGCAACUUCCUGGUCUUCUCUCAGAUGUUGGCAGGACUCAACACAGAAAUGAGGACCGAACUGCAGCUCCACCAGCUUCCUGAAGCCAACUCUUUUGGUAUCGUUCAUCCCACCAAGGUUGAGGAGAAGCAACGAGCGUCUGUCGCCUUCACCAAGCUGCUGACUGCUAUGGAAAUGUUGGGCUUCUCAGCCAGCGAGCAGAAGGCGAUCUGGCAUGUUCUGGCUGGUAUUUACCAUCUGGGAGCUGCUGGGGCCUGUAAAGUGGGCAGGAGGCAGUUUGUGAACUUUGACAGUGCUCAGAUGGCCAGCAGCGUGCUUGGGUGUGAGGGAGAGGAGUUUCACACGGCUGUGUUCAAACAUCACCUGAGACAGCUGCUGCAGAGAGCCACCGGGGGCAGCAGAGAGAAAAACGAGCCAGAAGAAGGUCCCCGUUUAACAGCUGCCCAGUGUGUCAGCGGAAUGGCUGCCGGACUCUACGAAGAGCUUUUCACCGCCAUAGUCUCACUCAUCAACAGAGCUCUGAGCUGUGAGCAGCUGGCGCUGGCCUCUGUGACGGUGGUGGACACUCCAGGUCUGAGAAACCCCAGACACUCAGCAGAGGAGCGGGGAGCCAGCUGGUCUGAGCUCUGCCACAACUAUCUGCAAGAGCGGCUGCUGGAGCAUUACCACUCACACACCUUCACACACACGCUGGAAAGAUACGCACAGGAGAAUAUCCACAUGGAGUUUGAGUGUCCAGGGAGCAACGUAGGUGAAGUUGUGUCUGCCAUCGAUCAGCCUCCUCCCCAGGUCCGGUCAGCAGAUGGAGACCCCAGAGGUCUACUGUGGGUUCUGGAUGAGGAGAUGGUGACACCUGCCUCCAGUGAGAGCAGUGCCCUGGAGAGGGUCAGCCAUUACUACAGCAAUACCGUGCGUCAGUGUGAGCAGCCGCUGCAGUGUGAAGUCAACCACCUGAUGGGUCAUGACCCCGUCCGCUACGACCUCACAGGAUGGUUUGGUUUGAUCCAGAACAACCCAUCUGCUGUCAACGCCACUGCUCUGCUCCAGAACUCCACUAUAGCAGCGGUGAAGUCCAUGUUCACCCCCAAGAUCUCGCUGCCCCCUCUGUGCCGAGGUCUGGGGGGACUGGAGGGUGGCAGCCAGCGUGCCCUGCAGAGAAACAGCACAAUCAGGAAAACUUUCAGCGGCGGGAUGGCAGCGAUACGCAGACACUCCCCGUGUAUAGCUGUGAAAUUACAGGCUGAUGCUCUGAUAAACCUGAUCCGUAGAACGAGACCGGUCUUCCUGCAGUGCUUGAGUUCAAAGGCGGACAAUGGAAGUUUUGACGUCCCCGCUGUUAGAGCACAGCUGCAGUCCACUCACAUCCUGGCGGCACUUCAGCUUUAUCGUACAGGUUAUCCAGAGCACAUGACCCUGAGUGACUUCAGGUGCCAUUUUCAGGCUUUAUGUCCUCCAAUCAUGAAGCGUUAUGCCUCCAUGUUUGUCAGCCAUGAUGAGAGGAAGGCAGUAGAGGAGCUGCUGGUUGAACUGGAUGUGGAUAAGAAGAGCAUCAUCCUGGGUUCCAGCAGGGUGUUCAUGAAGCGAGGCGUUCUGCUGUCGCUGGAGCAGCAGAGGGACCAGCAGGUCACAGGCUGGCUGGUUCAUCUACAGGCAGCCUGCAUGGGACACCUGGCCAGGCAGAGAUACAGAAAACUCAAGGCACAGCAGAUGGCGAUUCGAUGUCUUCAGAGGAACUUACGAGUCCUGAGGGUUGUGGCCACGUGGAGCUGGUGGAAGCUUUUCUGCAAACUUCGUCCUAUGCUUGACGUCAACAUGGACAAUGAAAGACUCAGGACCAAGGAGGAUGAGAUCUCAGCUCUGAGGCACCGCCUGGAGAAAUCAGAGAAGGAGAGGAACGAGCUGAGGCAGGCAGCAGACAGCCUGGAGACCAAGGUUACAGCUGUGACAUCUGAGCUAAGCGAUGAGCGUUUCCGUGGAGAUGCGGUGGGUCAGGCUCUGGAUGUGGAGAGGGCAGAGAGACUUCGCCUCGGCAGGGAGAACAAAGAGCUUCAGGUUCGACUAGACCAGUGUAAAGUUACCAUAGAAACGCUGGAAAAGCAGCUGGAGGAGGAGAAACAGAAAGCUCAGGUUGCUGAAAGUCAGAGAGGAGCUGCAACAGAAAGUGAGCUGGCCAUGCAGCUGGAGUGCUGCCACACGGAGGUGGAAUUUGUCCGCAGACGUCUGAGGCAGACGGAGGAAAAGCUGGAGACAGAGAAGCAGACUAGACAACAGCUCGAUACCAAGGUGGUGACUCUGCAGGCCCAGCUGGAGCAGUCCAGGAGGACUCUGACCGAGCAGAAACGUCACUGUCGCCGCGUGACCUCCGACUUCCAGGAUGCCCGAGUGCUCACUGACAGUCUCCAGAGCCGCAUGCACGAACUGGAGCGCAAACAGAGGAGGUUUGAUAAUGAGUUGGCUCAGGCUCUGGAGGAGGCCAACAAUGAGAGGGAGCAGAAGGAAAAAGCUUUCCAGGAAAACACGGCUCUGGGGACUGAAGUAUUCAACUUGCGCCGCAGCCUGCAGGAGAACCAGUUGGAGGUGAACCGUCUGCAGAAGCAGAAGGAUGAGCUGUGUGCUCAGAUCCGAGACCUGAGCCUGCCUGUUGAUCUGGCCUCAGACUCCAUACCAGACCUGAAGAAGCAGCUCCGCCUUUUGGAAAGCCAAGCUAGUGAGAGAGCCGAGGAAAUCACUUCUCUCUCAGCUAAAGUCCAGCAGCAGCAACAGGUCCACAUGCGGUUUGAGAUCGAGAUGGAGAGGAUGAAGCAGAUCCAUCAGAAGGAGCUGGAAGACAAAGAAGAGGAGUUAGAGGAUGUUCACAAGUCCUCUCAGAGACGGCUGAGGCAGCUGGAGAUGCAGUUGGAGCAGGAGUACGAGGAGAAGCAAAUGGUGAUUCAUGAGAAGCAUGAUCUGGAGGGACUGAUAGCAACGCUUUGUGACCAGGUGGGACACAGAGACUUUGAUGUGGAGAAGAAGCUGAGGAGAGACCUGAAGAGAACUCACGCUCUGCUGGCUGACGCCCAGUUGCUGCUGGCCACCAUCGACAGCUCGGGCCAGAACCUUCCAAAUGGCAGCAAAGACCAGCUAGAACGUCUGCACUGCCAGCUUGAGGAGAGUGAGGCGAGGCAGCUAGAGGCCGAGAACAUACAGAAAACUCUCUCCCAGGAGCUGGAGAACACUCAGGUGGAACUGGAGAAUCUCUGCAAGCAGAAGAGUGUGGUGGAUGAACAGCUGGUCCUACUGCAGCAUGAGAAGGUCGACCUGCUGAAGAGGCUGGAGGAGGAUCAGGAAGACCUCAACGAGCUGAUGAAGAAACACAAAGCACUUAUUGCUCAGUCCUCCAGCGAUAUUUCUCAGAUCAGGGACCUGCAGACUGAACUGGAGGAGGCGAAGAAACAGAGACAGUCGCUCCAAGAGGAGCUCCAGCAGUAUGUGUCGAGGGUGCAGUUCCUGGAAUCGUCCACUGUGGGGCGCAGCAUUGUCAGUAAACAGGAGGCCCGUGUGUGUGACCUGGAAAAUAAAUUAGAGUUUCAGAGAGGGCAAGUCAAGAGGUUUGAGGUGCUGGUGCUGCGUCUGCGGGACAGCGUGGUGCGUCUCGGAGAAGAGCUGGAGCAGAGCACGCAGGCUGAAACUCGGGAAAGAGAGAACGCUCGCUACUACCAGCAGCGCCUGCAGGAGAUGAGGGUGGAGAUGGAGGAGCUGAGCCAGAGGGAGCAGGAGAGCAGCCGCAGACGCAAAGAGCUGGAAAUGCAGGUGGAGGAGCUGUCCGCUGUCAGGCAGACGCUACAGGCCGAUCUGGAGACAUCCAUUCGUCGUAUCGUUGAUCUGCAGGCCGCCCUGGAGGAGGUGGAAUCGAGCAAUGACAGUGAUACAGAAAGUGUUCGAACUGCUGUGGAGUCCUUUACUCGAAAGAAAGACCUUGACUCUGUUUCCAGUGUUGGCUCUGUGGGAACAGAGGAUGUUGGGGAGGGGAUUCGUCACUGGUCAGGAGCACAGAGAGCAGGAUCCCGCAGUGCAGGCUCCACCUACAGCAGCCAAGAUGGCCGUCGGUCUGUCAGUGACACCAUGAGCUCCUACAGCUUCCGGUCUUGUGUGGAUCUAGAGGAUGAGGGUUCCGAGCCUGGAGGAGUUGGUGCCAGACGUAUCAGUCGAGCUCCGUCCUCCUCAGCACUGUCUGAGCUAUUGGACGGGCUUCGUAAACGCAGAGCUGGUGCUGAUGCAGGAGACGAGGCUGGCAGUGCUGUAUCUCUGCCAAUUUACCAAACCACUGGAGCUGCAGCCCUCAGACGAAGAGCCUCAGCCCUGUCUCUCAGCCCAGAGGAUUCCCAGGAGCCCCGUCCUGGUCCAAGUAUCCUGAAACCAUCGUCCCCCCUCAUGCCGCGUGCUGCCAGUUCUCAGUCCAUCACAGAAUCCCAGGUGUCUCUACCUGGAGCCAAGGUCUCUCGCUUCAACUCCAGCAAUUCUCUAUCUUCUCUCCCAUCUCUCCCACACCUGUCCUCCAUGGCAUCCACUUUUGUCGCUCGCCACCCUCCUCCUUCCCUGUCCAUCCCAGAGGAGGACCCAGAUGAAUCCCCUCAUUUAGCAGCGACUCCCAUCCAGCGCUCCCCACAGGCUCUGAGACGAUGCAUGCUGGGCGGUCUUGCAACAGCAGAUGGAGGUGAAGGUGUUCUGGGUUCAGAAUCACUAGUGUUUCAGAGCCGUCGCCUGACGGGUGACCGUGAGGAUGCAGCUUCUGACAUCUUGCCUGCCAUUCGGAGAGCUCAGUCCACUAGCAGCCUGGCCAGUUCAGUCAGAGGAGGUCGGAGGGCACUUAGCGUCCACUUCGGAGAGCUUCCACCUUCAACCCGCAGCAGAAAAGGCUCUGAAAGCGAGUCUUCCAGCUCAGGUGCAUCAGACGGAAGCUCCCAAGGCAGCGGGACUAGACGCCGGUUUGAGAGGCCACAGGGGGAAAGAUUGGAGGCAGAGGGAAGUGAAGGGGGAGAUGUGGCCUAUGUUAUGAAGAAAUACCUGAAAAAGGAGAUUGACUGAAGCAGAAGAGCCUCUUUAUGUGUCUGCGUGCAGCUGUGAGCUUCAAAGCGACUGCAGAACGCAGGAUGAAGAAAAUACUUCAGAAGUUUACGCAGAUGGUUUUGGACUCCUCAUGUCAAAAACCACUGGAAAUACAUUUGACGUCAUUUGGAAUAAGUUCUGUUUAUAUAUAAAUAAAUAAAAAAUAAUAGAUCA